AUGCCAGCAGAAAACCGAGGUCCCGAGGUCGCCGGAGUUGCAGGAGCCUUUCUGCUUCUGACCACAGUCUCAAUUGCGCUGCGUUGCUACUGCCGUGCUUUUGUGGUUAAGUCAUUUGGUUGGGACGACAAUGUUGCUAUCAUUGCCUAUAUUUUUUUUGUGUUCUUUGCUGGGUUCGCCAUUACUGGAGUUGAAUAUGGUACUGGGCAACACGCCUCCGUUAUCCCUCCAGCGGACAUUCCUAUCGGAUUAAAGUGGUGGUGGGCCUGUGAGCCUGUUUAUGUCCUAUCUAACAUGGCACUCAAGUUGAGCAUUGGAAUUAUGCUGAUGCGAAUUGCUGUUUCCACGAUGCACAAGGCCAUCAUCUGGACGGUCAUGGUGGUUCACACAGCCUAUGGCAUUUUUUUCUUUUUCCUGUUCGUCCUACAAUGCCGUCCUAGUGCAUACUUCUGGACUCGAUUCACUGGAGGCAAAGGGACAUGUAUCGAUCCGAACAUUACUGUUUCGGCAACAUACGGUUACUCUGCAGUGUCGUGCUGGACCGACUGGACGAUGGCUAUUCUGCCUGUGUUCCUGAUAUGGAAUCUGCAAAUGAAUAUCAGAACGAAAAUCUCAGUUGCCAUGAUCUUGGGGAUGGGAGCGAUUGCUUCUACAGCUACGAUUGUCCGAAUCCCAUAUGUCAAAGGCCUGGCCAAUCAAGAAGACUUCCUCUACGCAACAACCGAUGUAGCUAUUUGGUCGACUGUCGAGACGGGAAUUGGAAUUGCAGCUUCGUCUUUUGCAACACUCCGACCUCUCUUCCGAACGUUCUUUCUACGCAGUCACCUCAUGGGCGGAUCAUCAACACAAGGACCUUCAAGUCCUUGGCCAGCAUCAGGAGCCCACAAAUACGUACGGAGCAAGAGUCGCAGUGAAACCGAGGAGUUCGGACUGAGGAGCGAUAUCGGCAGGAACCACGGCAUUACCACGACAAUCGAAAGUCGUACCGCUGGAGAGACGGAGAAAAACGUCGGUGGCCUGAGCAGGAAAGACAGUUCGAGAGCAUUGAACGGACAAAGCAAGUGGGGGAACAGCGAGACGGUGCUUCGAUUAGGAGAUAGUGGGAGCGAGGAUGGCUUAGAUUGGGAGUCUGGAAUCAGGAAGACGACGAUUUCGACGCAAGUUGCGCAUGUUUGA